AUGUUCUAUCAAUUAUUAUCACUAGUUGCAUUAUACUUAGUUUCAUCAGAAGCUACAGCUAUAAACGAACAAUACAAAGUGGUAUCACUUGGUUUAAAAGGUAAUCCAAAUCUUGAAAAGAGAGAUGAUUUUGUUGGAACUGCUGGUAUUACUAAAGGAUCUUAUUAUUCAGUUGAAGUUGAAGUUGGUUCAAAUAAAGACAAGAUUGGAAUUGUCUUUGAUACUGGUUCAAGUAAUUUUCAUGUACCAGAUAAAAAUAUAAUUUGCAAUAUGAAUUGUAAACAAUGGGGUACUUUCGAUGCAAAUGCAUCAACUACAUUGAAUAGACUAGGUAGAAAUGUCACAGAUGCUUAUGGUGGUGGAACAUAUAGUGCUAGAAGGGCUGGUGAAUUAGUCAAAGAUGACAUUACAUUUGGUGACAUAACUUUGAAACAAUUUCCCUUGGUUGAUGACAACUAUGCAAAAGGGAUACCACAAGGUAUAUUAGGAAUGGGACACUCAAGUCCAAAAGAAAGAAAUGUUGCUUGGGGAGCUUAUGAACAAGGUAUUAUCAGUAAACCAGCUUAUUCAUUUUAUCUUGGAGACACUGAUUUCCCAGGUCAAUUUCAUUUAGGUGGUUAUGAUGCUUCAAAAUUAGAUGGUGAAUUUAGUUGGACAUCAAUUAAGAAUAUAAAUGUAGCAGGUCAUGCUGAUUAUAUUAUUGUCAAUGGUAAAAACAUUACCAUAAAUAAAAAUUAUACUGUUGAUUCUGGUGGUAAUCAAGCAUGUAUACCAGACCAAGCAUAUUCAGAAUUAUUAAGUGCAUUUUCAAACAAUGAAUAUUUUGGUCAACCUGGUAGAUUAAAUUGUACUGCUUUGGAAGGCAAAACGUUUUCAUAUUCAAUAAAUGGUAAAGAAUUAACUUUACCUUUAAGAUCAUUUGUUCAACCUCAUCAAAGUGGAGAGAAUUGUUAUGCUUCAUUUAACAAAUGUAGUGAUGCACAACUUGGUGCUCAUUUGUUCAGAUACAUGUAUGUUGCUGUUGAUUUUGAAAGAGAUGUUAUUGGUUUUGGUCAACUUAAAAAUUCAACUGAAACAAAUCUUGUUUCAUUUUAG